CACAAAGGGAAUUCCGUACCUCACAGACCGGUUAUAUAUUUAUAGAUUUUAAAUUCCGUCUGCUUCUCAAUAAAACGUGUUUGGUGAACAGGUCAGUUUAAAUACAGCACAUUUUCAAAACGCUUUAAACAUGGCUAAUCUAAAUGCAAACGACAUCAGUGAGCUGAAAUCUCUGUCAGCUCCUCCGCAGAUUGUGAAAGAUACACUAGCUGCUGCAAUGAUACUGUUAAGGGAGCCUAAUCCACGGGAUUUUAAGACAGCUAAAAAAGCAUUGGCCAAUAUUAACUCACUGAAACAAAAACUGUCGGCUGUAAAUGUUGAUGCUAUCUCUAAAGAAGAGGCUGAGGAAGCACGAUGUCUUCUUGGGGACAUAACAGUAGGAAAAGUUCGUAGUGUCAGCUCAGCCACGUGCGGCAUCUUUAACUGGGUACAGGAAGUGCUAUCCAGUGUAGAGAAGAGGACAGGGAGCCUAAGUACAGCGAAGGACGACAUAAAAACCUGAUGUACACCGAUAACUGUCCAGUAUUUAACUAGAUGAUCACUACCCGAUAUCGAACAACAAAUACAAUGGCUCAUCUAUUUGCUCAACCGAUUCAUCUUGUUGCCAUAAGCGCUGUUGCUAUAAAUCCAUGAACUUUUCAUGUUUACACAUUUUUUUUUUUUUUUUUUUAAUUAUCGUUUUGAUUAUACGUUGUAUUAAAUGUCCUCUUUAUAAAUCGCAUCGGUGUCAUUAUUCUUUAAAGAGAACGGGAAAUUAUCUUGUCACGACCUACUUUCACUUUCACUUUCACUAUCACUUCCACGUGGUCAGUGUUGCGCCAUUUAACUAUUUGUUGAUUUAAUUCAGUUACAAAUACAUUUUAAAACCAAUGGUCAAAUCUGCGUCAGUUUCAACUGCCGUUAUUUAUCCAUUAUGGAAUUCUAGUGAGGUUAAUGUGGUUUAUACAACCUGGCAGAAUAUGAAAUAUUGACCCGGCUUGCUUCUAGAAGGUCGGUAAAACACCAUACUGACCGAAACAAAGGUCCAUAAUCAUUAUAUUAGAUAUUUGUAUCUGUUAACAGAAAGUUCACAUAAAUAUACCUAAGAAGAAACUUAUCU